AUGGGCAGAAAGAAAAUUCCAAUAGCUAAAAUUGAAGACAGACAAUAAAGAAAUAUUACUUUUCAUAAAAGAAAGAUAGGAUUGCUGAAGAAGGCAUACGAGUUGGCUUCUUUGUGUGGUGUGUAGAUUUAUAUGGCAUUCAAUGAUUUAUAGGGAAAUGCCAUUCAUUUUAGAACUGAAGAGUUGAAUUAGAUAGAAAACAACGAUAAGAAGAAGUAUUUAUUGACUCCAAAGGAUUACCCAAAAUUCAUUACUCGAUCAAAGACUAAAGUUAAUGCUCAGCUUAAAGAUUUGCCUAUCACUCCGUUGAAAUUAAUCACAGACAUAAUGAUAAGCGAGGAGCCAUUAUACUCUCGAUAUUCAGUUCUAAGUAGACAAUUUUUCCCAAUUCCUCAGCCGAAAAGCAAUAAACCUAAAAAUGAAAAUAACACAUGA